UCACACCUUUGGUGCCGCACGCAUCGGACACGCAUACCCGAGCGUCUCGAGCUCAUGUUCUCUCGCACGCGUGCUAUUCUUAAAAAUCAUAUCUGUCCUGGCACCCGUCGUGUGCAAAUGCCACAUAUGCAGGCGAGUAUUAAUAUCGCGGGCCAUCCAAUAAUGCACCGCGGUAUUCAUAUUAAAGUCGUCCAUCCACAGCCGGUCAUAACAGUCCUUGCGCUCGCCGCACGUCUGGUUGACAGCCACAGGGUCAAGGCCAAAGCAUUGAGGGUUGACUGACGCGUGCUUGAUAAAAUGAUAUGCGUCAUAGACCAUUAUUUGCAGCCGACCUCUGGGAUUCGCAGCAGGCUUAUGUGCAGAAUCAAUAUUGGUAUCGCGUUUUUGCAUUGGCUGGUGAAUGCCGUUGCCAGCAGUGUGCAGGGCUAGGCGUGGUGAGGCGGCUUUGGGCAGCGGGUGGCCGCCGUUAUGCUCCUUGGGCGCUGUGUAUGUGCGUGGCAGGUCAACUGUAAUGUAAUGGGUAAUGGGGGAGGCUGCCCGCGUGCGGUGGUUUGGCAGGUAGUGCGGCGGGUGGAGGGGCGCCAGCUGCGCGCUGUUGGUCAUCGUCGAAUGUCCAAUUUUGCUGAACCGGUUGAGAAGACCCUGUGGCAGAUCGUGCGUGAUUCUCUCAGUAGCUCUCCUAACCUCCCUCUGCACCUCCCUCUUCUCAUGCUUUAUCACCAAUGGCGAGUCCUCAAUGGGAGGCGGCGUCAACACAAGUACCUGAAGAACCUUGUUGUGCGACUCGCGCUCCAUCUGCAGAAUAUCUUGGAAUAUAGACUCUUGAAUAUCCUCGACCGUAAACUUUGUAUUGUUUCCACCUUUGCCCAGCGCCAGGCAAUCAUUGGCACCCGUCCAGAUCGUAUACAGGGUUUUUUGGGGAUCCGCAUACCCAGUGUUGCGCGACUUGAGCAUAAAACCACGCACCUGCUGCUUUGUCCCCGGAAUCGUAUGCCCCAGGAGAUUGCCCUGCCACAGUGCGUUAUCCGAAGACGCUCCGCCGUGCGCGAAAUUGCGCAUUUUUAUCUUGCCCAAUCCGCCCAAAUCCAGAAUAAGGUUGUCAAUCCAAUUGGGUCCGUUAGUAAAUCGGUGGUGCCAGUAAUAGGGCUCGCUCGGGUACUUGCCCUCGGUGAUGUGUGCUCCAUUGCCGCUGUCCGAGUAGUUGUCGCCAAAGGAUAUUAUUGACGACCAUGGCGACGGAAUAUUGUGCCAGCGCCGCUUAUGGUGGUUGAUGUUGGCCAGCCGGCAGCUUAUUAUCACUACGGUCACCAGUGUGACCAGUGGGUAUAUUGCGUACGUGUAGUCGCUGAGAGAGAUUUUUGGUCUGACCCACAUUGUAUGUUAUUUAUUAUAAUAGAGUGCUCAGUUUAUAUGUAUUUGAAAUUGAUGUGGA